AUGCCAUGCUUGGGCAUAUCCUUCCUGGUUCCUGCUCUGGCGCUGGAGCUUCCAGACUGCACCCACGAGCUCUGCGUGUCCACGAAGUACGACCCCGAGGCCGCCUCGCCGGUGGCGUGCGAGGUCUCCAUCGGCGAGCUCCAGCCCGAGUUUUUCCGGCACCUGGGAGGGUGGCAGAAGAGAUAUGGGCGGGACAACUUGCAGCUCUCCAGCUACUUCUUGAGGGAUAUCUUCCAGGCGCAGAUCGAGACACGGCUCUCUGAGGCCCUUGAGAGCUGCCCUGGAGCGGUGCUGGAGAUCAUGAUGAACGGGCUCCUGGCCGUGGAGACUCGCCAGGGUCGCGAUGCAGCUCGGGAGUUUCUGCUUCGGAUCUACUCGCUGAGGGACAUCGUUUUGGAACGGGGCGAUCGAUGGCUCGAGCAGCUCAUGCUGGAGUGGAAUGCAGAUAUCGCAUUUGUGUACCCGAAGUUGUUGGAUAUCCAAAGGCUGGGGCCUGACAGCAAGCUGGCAACUGGGGAGGAGGAGCCGUGCCUGGGUCAAAGAGUUUACCUCUACACGCUUCCUGCGCAGCUCUAUGGGGGGACCCUUGAAUGUUUGCAGGGUCAGUGGGGAACAGAAGUGCUGCUUCAGCACUAUUUCCGGCACAACUGCAACACACAAGACCCAGACUUGGCAGAUUGGUUCUAUGUGCCGCUUCAUGCAACGUGCUUAUACGUGAAGCUGAACGAGAACGUCAGUGAACAUGAGCUGGACAGCAUGGACAGCAUCGCAAACACCUUCAUUUGGGAGCCACUGCUGCAAGCUCUGCGGGAUUCGCCAUAUUACCACCGCUUUGAAGGCACGGAUCACAUCUUCUUGUUUGCCGACGGUCAAGGCCCCCGGAUUUGGGACAGCUACGACCUCCUCCGGGAGUCUGUGUUUUUAUCUCCGGAGAGCCGCUGCCCAACUUGGAACGAGCCACUGCGGCGCUAUGUGGAUGUGAAACGGUGCCUGUCCAGCUGGAAGGACAUUGUGAUUCCCGGGCAUACCGACUACGCGCGCAUUCAGUACAUGAAGCGUCACAACAAGCGUUCUGCGGAGCGGCGGCUCCUAAUGACUUUCCAUGGUCGGGCUCCGGAGAUCCAUGGAGCUUAUAGCCAGUGUGCUGUGCGGGGCAUGCUGAUGAAGUUGGGCGUACGGCUUGGUUUGGAGGAAGGAGUAGACAUAGGCGGAUUUGUUGGGGACUACCUGGAGCGCAAGGGUGACAGCCAUUUCUGCCUGGUGCCUGCAGGCACCAGCCCAUGGACAAAUCAUCUUUACGAGAGUUUUUUUGCGGGCUGUAUACCCGUGAUUCUGAGUGAUGAGUACGAAGUGGCCUUUCUCGAGGAACUGCCUUGGGAGCAGUUCUCCAUCAAGUGGCCAGAGAGCCGCGUGUGCGAGGAUGAGGCAUGCACCUCCUCAUCACUCUAUGAUCACCUGCGGGCGCUGGCGCAGCAACCGGAUCGGCUGUGGCAGAUGAAGCGCGAGCUGGAGUUGCACAGCUGCUACUUCAACUGGUACAGCACCGAUGCUGUUUGUAGCCCCUACCACCUGCUUCACCGGCGCCUUGGGGAUCUGCUGAAGCGCCGAAGCCGCCAGCGGCGUCGCUUCUGGAACUGGGAUGGCUCCGCCGGCUCCGACUCGCAUUUUGUGCAUCUCGCACGAGCCACCCGCUUCAAGGCGGAGAAUGAGAGCAGCAACUUCUCUUGGCUGCUGCCGGUGCUGCCUUUGCCGCCGACAGAUCCCGCCAGCAUGCAGGCACAGGGCAGGGAAUACCACGAGUAA